AUGAAAUCAGCUCUGUUCUUUUUUACACUGAUGGCGACCAUGACGCUGGUCAUCGGCUUCGUGUGUCCACACGACUAUUGCGACAAGGUGCAGUGUGUGGAGGUCACAGCUAAGACCUGUGUGGGCAAGGUGGUGUCGAAAGGCAGCACGUGUGGCUGUUGUGACAGCUGUGUCACAGUGUUAGAAGCCGGACAAAACUGUUUUGGCCUGUUGCUUAUGGGGUACGCUCCAACGAUAGCCUGUCCAGACGGCUACUUCUGUGACUCGACGACCAUCUCGUGCCAGCCUCAAGUCAGCUAG